AUGGCCAACUACGGAGAUAAGAGUUUUGCCGUGGUGAACAACAUUUCGACUUCUUUCUACCAAGGCCACAAGAGCAUAAGUAAUGUACGUGCUAUGUUUGAAGGACAUCAAGUUGUGGUGCUUGAGGAAUUGGAGCUUUCCAGGUUCAACUCGGAAAGAUGUGCUGGGGUUUACAAUAUUGAUGUAAAGUUGGGUCUUUGGGUAAAGGCUAGGUAUGGGAAGAUCGAGACUGGCUGUAUAAGUCCCCCCAGUGUCGAUUGCCAGCUGAAAAUCCCUUUGAGUAGUUCUCCUAAUGCAAGAUAUGUGGGUGCUAAUUUUAGCGCCACCGAUUGUGGGGGUGUCGCCCUCCCACUCCUUCCUUCUUCAUAUUCUGGUCCAUCUUCCUUCCCCAAGAGCCCAAAUUCACCAUCACCAAUGCCUCUCUCACCCAAUUCAAUCUCACCAACACCAGCAUCAACAACAACACUCUCCACUACAACCUCACCCUUGAGAUCACCAUCAGAAACCCUAACAAAAAAGUCGGCUUAUACUACCGCCGAAUCCUAUUCGUUGCUAACUACAGAAAGAAGAGGUUUGCUUUGGUGA